AUGCGACAGCAGCAAAACGAAGCCAAAGCCCCGCGCCUGGCUCCGCGCGUUCCUCAAGUGGCGGCCGACGCCGCCGCGGCUCGGGGCCCGCGACGCAAAAAACUCAAGUGGCGCACGCGCGACCAGCAGAGCUCGCAGCUCUACAACCUGGAGCUGGAUCUGCACGACCUGCGCCAGGAGAUCAAGGCGCUGCAGGAGUACGAGCAGGUGCUGCGCACGCACACGCUCAACCAGCGCGAGACGCUGGACGACUACUACCUCAAGCGCGUCAUGCAGUACCACAAAGUCUUCGAGCGCGGCUACAACCCGCACUCCGACGCAGCAGACAACGGAGCGCUGAGCUCAGAGGACGCACUUGAGUUCACUAAACACAUGAUGGACGAGGAGGUGUCGGUGGGUCGCUUCGUCGGCUAUGAAGUGAUACUGGACCAGUGGGCGCGCUACACGGCGGCGUUCCCAGAGCUGCAGUGCACGCUCACACAGUCUCGGAUCGCGUCAGCGGAUGAGGUCACCAUCGUUUCGACCACCGCCGAGUACACGUUCGAGAUCUCGCAGACGACGAUCCAGACGCUGUUCCCCGCGAUCCGCUCCGAGCAGCCACAGAUCGGAGCCAAGCUGGUGGGGCGAAAGUUCCAAGGCGCCGGCGUGUCCACGUUUACGUUCGACCCGCAGUCCCACCGCGUUGUGUGCUACGACACCCGAGUGGACUUCUUCGAGGUGUUUGCGAGUCUGCUGCAAGACUCGAACGAGCUCUGCGUGCUGUUCGAGGGCGCAGCAAUCGCCGAGCAAUUCUUCAUUGGAGACACUAGCUGCUACCCCGUUCUCCAGCUCGGCGACGAUGAAGAGAAGGCGCGGUACCGGAUCUCCAUCUACUCGGACGGCGGGCAGCAGUCUCCCGCGCUCCACAAGCUGCAGCUCGGCCACAUCCUCGGCGCAUGA